CUGUUUCGGCCUGUUCCGCGGCCGCUCGGUCAUUUUCGCCUCUUUGUUGUACUGAUAGUGGAUUUAACUCGGAUCCAACCCAAUAUCCAGCGGACCGUGCUGCUCCCAAACAGGCUCCAAUGAGAGGCUCUCCAUGAUGAGGAGCUAACACUGUCGGCCGCACAACCGCAGGAACAGACGUGGCUGCUGCUCCACCCACAGUCCACGCAUGGCGGUAUUAGGGAACCCCGACAUGCUGACGAGGAAGAUAAAGCUGUGUCACAUCAACGCCCACAUCACAUGUCGUCUGUGUGAGGGCUACUUGAUCGACGCCACCACCGUCACCGAGUGCUUACACACAUUCUGUAGAAGCUGUCUAGUGAAGUAUCUGGAGGAAAACAACACGUGCCCCACGUGUAGGAUUGUUAUUCAUCAGAGCCAUCCACUGCAGUACAUCGGCCAUGACAGAACAAUGCAAGACAUUGUCUACAAAUUGGUACCGGGACUACAAGAGGCGGAGAUAAAGAAGCAGAGAGAUUUCUAUCAGAAGUUGGGGAUGGAGGUGCCAGGAGACAUUAAAGGAGAACUUUGCAACAUGAAGACUCAUCUAGAUCAGCGGAAUGGCGAAACAAAAUCAGAGGAAACGGCCAACAAGGAGGCAGGAGAGGAGAAACCUGAAGAGGACAACGACUAUCACCGUAGCGACGAGCAGGUCAGCAUCUGUUUGGAGUGCAACAGCAGCAAGCUCAGAGGUCUGAAGCGGAAGUGGAUCCGCUGUUCAGCACAAGCCACAGUCCUCCACCUGAAGAAGUUCAUCGCCAAAAAGCUUAAUCUGACAUCGUUUAAUGAGCUGGACAUUUUAUGCAACGAGGAAAUCUUGGGAAAGGACCACACUUUGAAAUUUGUUGUUGUGACAAGAUGGAGAUUUAAGAAAUCCCCCCUCCUGCUCCAUUACAGACCCAAGAUGGAUCUGCUGUAGCGAAAACGGACUAAACGGUUGUUGUUGUGUUUCUUUUGGGCCAGGUGGCCGCAGACUGUGCCGAAACCUUUUUUUAUUUAUGCAAAGACGAUCAACCAACCAACACCAAGCAAACUCCCGACGGUAAAAGUCAACACAAGCCAGCAACAUCGGGAUCUGACAGGGAGGGGGGUCGGAUGGGGGGGAUGAAAAACAACACAAACUGGCAACCUCCAGCACAGAAACUGCAACACUGGUUUGUUUUUAAGAACUCAAACAACCUUUUUUUUUUUUU